GAAAUACGGGCCUCUUCCGCAGAGUCGCAAUCAGCAGGUGACCCCGCCCCCCGGAUUCUGGAAGUUUCCUUCCAGCUUGGCCUGUAGGAGGCGCUCCCCCAUCCACCGCCAUACUUAGAUUCAGCAGCUGAGGCUUACAUCCCCAUCUUCCUGAGGCAGGACCCAGAACAGCUCCGGAAAUCCUGCCCCCUCCUCAGUCCCAAACCCCGAGGGAGAAGUCAGGCACCCCUUCCGGACUCAGCCCCACCCUGGUACGCCCCCCACCCUGCUCAGGCCUGAUGUGGACGGUCCUGCUGCUGCUGCUGCUGGCCUCUUGGGCAGGGCACACUGAGGCACAGGGGAACAAGGUCCUCCAGGGCCAGGAGUGUGAACCCCACUCACAGCCGUGGCAGACGGCCUUGUUCCAGGGUGAGCGACUGCUCUGCGGGGGCGUCCUAGUGGGCUCCAGGUGGGUCCUCUCUGCAGCCCACUGCAAAAAAACAAAGUACACAGUGCGCCUGGGAGAUCACAGCCUACAGAGUAAAGAUGAACCAGAACAAGAAAUCUCUGUGGCUCAGUCCAUCCAGUAUCCCUGCUACAACAACAGCAACAAUGAAGACCACAGUCAUGAUCUGAUGCUCAUCCGACUAAGAAAGCAGGCGUCCCUAGGCCCCAAAGUGAAGCCCAUUGACCUGGCGGAGCAUUGUGCCAAAGCCGGCCAGAAGUGCACCAUAUCGGGCUGGGGCACUGUCAGCAGCCCCCGAGAGAACUUUCCUGACACCCUCAACUGCGCAGAGGUGGAGAUCUUCUCCCUGAAGAAGUGUGAGAAGGCCUACCCAGGGCAGGUCACGGCCGGCAUGAUCUGUGCGGGCAACAGCAACGGGGCCGACACCUGCCAGGGCGAUUCCGGAGGCCCACUGGUGUGUGACGGCAUCCUCCAGGGCAUCACGUCCUGGGGCUCAGACCCCUGUGGGAAGCCCGAUAAACCCGGUGUCUAUACCAGCAUCUGCCGCUACCACAAAUGGAUCAAGAAGACCAUGGGCAACAGGGUCUGAUCUUAGAAAAAGCCUUGGAUCCUUUUCAAUAAACACAC